UGAAACUUUUCGAAAAGGUGGAGUCAGGUUACAAACUCUGGUAACCAAACGCGAAAAGACGGAGAAGAAAACGCUUGAAUUAUUUACACCAGCGGCUCAGACCCAACGCAUACCUGUCGGACGCCUUUCACCGGCCUUUUAAGACAGUUUUAAGGCUUGUCCAUGCGGCUGUAGGCUGUUUAUUGGUUGUCAGGGUGUUUAGAUGGAGGUUUGAAGAGCGAAAGAUACACUUUAGACGUCUUGUAUCCGGUUCAAAUAGGGGAGAGACAUCAUGGACUCAUUCAGCACCAAGAACCUAGCCCUGCAGGCGCAGAAGAAGCUCAUGAGCAAGAUGGCGACCAAGACGGUGGCCAACCUCUUCAUAGAUGACACCAGCAGCGAGGUACUGGACGAGCUAUACAGAGUCACCAAAGAGUACACGCGCAACCGCAAGGAGGCCCAGAAGAUCAUCAAGAACCUCAUCAAGAUGGUAGUCAAGCUGGGCGUCCUCUACCGCAAUGGUCAAUUCAAUAAUGAGGAGCUAGCGUUAGUCGAGCGUUUUCGUAAGAAGGUGCAUACGCUGGCGAUGACGGCUGUUAGCUUCUACCAGAUCGACUUCACUUUUGAUCGACGCGUCAUGAGCAACCUACUUAACGAUUGCCGUGAACUUCUGCACCAAGCCAUCAAUCGGCAUCUAACGGCCAAAUCUCACGCUCGUAUCAACCACGUCUUCAAUCAUUUCGCCGAUUGUGACUUCCUCGCGACGCUGUACGGACCUUCGGAAGUGUACCGCGGCCACUUGCAGAAGAUCUGUGAAGGAGUCAACAAGAUGCUGGAUGAUGGGAAUCUUUGAUGAUGACCUCUGAAGUCUUUUUAUUAUUUAAACAUGUUUUCGAUGUUUGUUUAAAACGGAAGAUCUCCUGCCUUAUUUUUGCGCUAAAUUAAAGUACGUUUGUACUUGAAGUCGAAUGUUGUCAUACAUUUUUACGGUUUACAGCGCAAAUGUAGUGCUCCUGUUUGCCCAAAGGCAAUGUGAGAUUCAGAUAUCAGUGGAAAUGAAGGACCAUUUACAAAGCUUUUUUAAUGCCGAGAGGAAAUAUUCAAGCACUGCGAACACAGAAUGCACUGGGGGGACACAAAAUGAAACUGUUCAUAAGUAAUUUAAGAAAAUUUACCAUAUCAUCAGGCCUCUCGCUUCCUGAAAACGGACACUAAAUCUGAAACUUAAAUGGAAGAUGUUUUUGGAUCAUUUUAACCCCUGUGAUUUCUUAACUUAAUCAUAUACAGAGCUGUGGCAGGAAAAAUCGUUAAAGAAAUCGAUUUUUACCAAAUGCAUCGUGAUUCUCUUGUAUGCUUUCCAAACAGCCGAACUCAGCUUGCAUCCAUUUCCUUACAAAUACCACUUGAACCUAAAUAAUCAAUAAUAAAGUUGGGAAAGGUAUAAGCAAAUUACAAAAACUGUUAUAAACUAGCAUUAAACGGUGUCUUUGCUUUGCUAAUAAUUGCUUGGAGCACCUCUGCUGCUAGAAAUUAGCCUAGAGUGCUAUCUUUUAUUAAAAACUAGCAUCCAGCACCAUCUGCUGCAAAAAAAAACUGGUGUAGAUUGCCAUCUGCUGUUAAAAACUCACCUAGAGCGCCAUGUGCUGUUUAAAA